GUCAUCUUGAGUGAGUGUCAUUUUCUAAAUCACAGAAAUAUUGGAUAAUACAGUUCAGAGGCCUCUACCUCUGCUAAGACAGAAGAGGUAGUCAUGACUGGAUCACCUUCGAUUAUCAAAGUAACCAACGGUUUCAUGUGGCAGAGACUUCUACAAUUGGUCAAGACAACCACUUGGAAAUCAGUUGCUGCCAUGAAUUGGACUGGUGAGCAUCGCGCUUUCAUUGUGGAAACGUUUAUCAAAACAAACGAUUCUGUAACUGCAACACAAGGAGCGUUCCGUUUGCACUUCAAUCUUGGUAGACAUGAUCCCGUACCAGCUCGAAACACGAUCUUGUUAUGGGUUACCAACUUCAGAGCUACUGGAUCUGCAUUGAAACGAAAAUCAACCAGCCGACCUCGCACCGCCAGAACUCCAGAAACUUAAAGAUGCAAUUUGUCAAGAAAUUACUGCCAUUCCACAUGAAAUGACCCGCCGAGUUAUUGACAACUUUCGUGAACGCCUUCGACAGUGUGUGGACAAUAAUGGA